GAGUUCGUAGAAUCCGCUGAAGCAGAGGCGGGAGCCGAGAUUGAGAAUGUCCACGAGGCCGAGGAGGCACCCGAGGGCUCCGAGGACAACACCGACUGGUGGGAUCAGGGCUGGCAAGGUGGCUGGGACUCCUGGGGCCAGGAGCCCUACUCCAGCUCAUAUGGCUGGUGGAAGGGCCGCCCCGGUGGCAGUGCGGCCAGCUGGGCCACCUGGGAUGCCUCGGCCACGGCAUCAGCCCAGGCAGAACGGUUCCUACCGGAUUUUGUCAUCGCGUGGCUCCUACUACAACGGUCCGGGCUGGAUACUACAGAAAAGAGCGUGAUCGUGGCGAACUUGCGCAACAACUUUUCCACACAGAAAGUGAAGGAGGCCCUGAAGCUGACAUGGCCUGAUGAGGAGCUUCGGAAGAGGGACUCAGGAAAGAAUGGUGCCAUGUUCGCUGCAGAAGAAGAGGCUCUACUGGCAGAUGAAGAGGGCUUCGAGCCAGUGGAGACUCCCAGCUGGGAGGACCCCGAGGAGGGCUACGCGUACCAGGCCUUGGAGGACGACGCGCAGGAGGCAUUGGCGGCACUGGAUGACGCGAGACGUACUCUCAAGGACGCCAGGGAGAAGCAAGCGCAGAUGAGAAGGAAUCGCGGCUUCUACAAUGGCCGAUCUUCUGGAGCCAAGGCUCCAGGCUCCCGGCCGCCAAUCAAGUGUUUCCGAUGUGGGGGCAAUCACUUGCGCCGAGACUGUCCCCAGGCUACAUCUGGAAACACCGGAGACCAGCGCGUGCACUUCGUGUUCUCGGCCGUUGACGACAGGACAACUGCGGAGCCAGAUGCCAAAGACGACGACACAGCAGCAACAGAGACAAGCUUGUUAGCCUUGGACGAGAUUGUGGCCACCGGCAAGGCCAUCAUCGAUGGUGGCGCCACGAGUAGCCUGGGAUCGGAAGAGGCCUUACAGCAAGUGGCUAUGCUCAACUGGAAGGCUACGGGAAGGGACAGCAUUGAGAUUGUCCCAGAGGAGCGACCAAGCUUCAGGUUCGGGAACAAUGCACAGCACACCUGCCUGUCGACGGCGUUGCUCCGAUUGCCAAUCAGCUGCAAGGACAGUCAGAUGCGUGUGCACAUCCACGAUAUUCCCGGUCAACCAGUGUUGCUGAGUGUGAAGAGUUUGCGAGCCUUAGGAGCAGUGAUAGAUUUUUCCAACGACCAGGCCGUGUUCAAGGCCUUGGACCCAAAGGCGGUGGUGUCACUCGAGACCACCAGCAGUGGGCACCAGCUGUUUCCUUUGGCCCGGGACGUGCUUGAAGGGGCCCGUGAGUUGAUCAAGACCAACGCGAAACAGGCCCAGCUUAAAGAGUUCCUCAAGGCCAUCCCCUGGAGCGACCUCACCCCCAAGCACAAGUCUACGAUGCCGACCACGGGCAGCACCAAGCUCGAGAUGCAGCAGAAGCUGAUCAAGAUGGGAGAGACGCCACCAGCAUCAUGGACGAAAGUGCAGCUAGCAACGAGAAUCGCAGAGCUGACAGCAUCCAUGGAUCUACCCAUGACCGAACGGGAGGCCUCCAAGAUGAUCAACAGAGCCAAGACGAAGCAAGCUCUGAUGGACCUCCUCUCCGAGCACAACCAGACGUACAGCUCACGCCAUACCAUGGAUCAGCUGCGGGCCAUCAUGCUACGCUACCUGAUGGAGACGAAGGUUCCCGCGAGCUACGACAACUACAUGGGCUUCGGAAAGUACAGUCAGAGGACCUACGGCCAGACGCUGACGAACUUCCCAAGCUACACGGAGUGGGCUGUGAAGACAGCAGCGGAGGAGGAGGAAUGUCACUGGCGGCUACGUCG